UAAUUGCACCGACUAGAGGCAGACUGCGAGCGCACGUAUGUCAAGAAAUGGUGGCUGUCUGCGCAGCCAAGUUCAGAUCAAGGCGGUUUUUAGUUCGGACCUCGCUUAUUUUACUGACCCUUGCCUUAUUCUCAUGCGGUUUCUCUUACUUUUUAUUAUCGAAUGCUGAGAACGAUCCGCUCUUCUACGGCCACUACCGAACCGACCACAGUCAUUACACGGGAUCGCUGGAAAAUGUUUCUGAUCCGAUCAUACUCUGGUGGACACCAUUCACCAAACAAGCUGGUCAUACGAAGACAUGUGGCAACAAAAGAUGCUUCUUUACAGAAGACCGGAUAUUUUUCAACCAUACGAACUUGCAAGCUGUGAUGUUUUAUGGAAGUGAACUUGAAAUAGGGGACCUGCCUUUGCCCAGAAAAACUCAUCAUGACUGGGCUUUGCUUCAUGAAGAAUCGCCAAAGAACAACUUCAUCUUCUGCAUGUCAAAUGUUCUUCGCUGGUUCAACCAUACUUCAACAUUUCGAAGAAACUCUGACCUUCCUCUGACUCUGCAAUAUCUUAACUAUAUUGCUGACCUCACAAGCAAGGAGUUCUUUGUUGAGACCUCCUCUAAGACAAGAGCGCAGGCUAACCAGUCACUGAUUGCCUACGUUCAGUCAGACUGCAACACACCAAUUGAACGAGAUUCAUUUGUCUCCGAACUAAUGAAUUAUGUAAGCAUUGACUCUUAUGGAAAGUGCCUCCACAACAAAGACCUUCCAAAAGAGCUGGCGAAUGCAAUGGAUGCUAUGGACAACAAAGCCUUUUGGCACCUUCUUGCAAGCUACAAGUUUCACAUUGCCAUUGAAAACUAUGUCUGUGAGGACUACAUCACUGAGAAACUGUGGCGACCACUCAUUGUUGGGUCAGUGCCUAUCUACUUUGGGUCACCAUCAGUUGUUGAUUGGUUACCAAAUUAUGCUGACAGUGCCAUUCUUAUUGCUAACUACAGUAGCCCUAAAGAACUAGCAGAGGCAAUCAAGAAAAUAGAUGGUAAUGACAUGUUGUAUGAAAGUUUUCUAGGUCACAAAAUGCACAGCAGAGUCACUAACAAGGCCCUUUUGAGUGCUAUGAAGAACCGUAGGUGGGGUGUGAAUGACCAUAAAAGGCCAAGCUUUGUGGAGGAAUUUGAAUGCCUCAUUUGCUCAAGGGUUUGGAGGAGGCUGAAGAACCCAGGCAUUGAGAAUUUCAUUGCCAAUGCUAGCCACUACAGCUGUGACAUGCCUCAGGCCAUGCUAAAGAGACCAGGCGAAAGUUUCUGGAAGCAGCUGUACAGGCAAGCUAACACUGAGGCAAAGGUACUUGAGGACCUACUUCUGGCAAAUGUGGCCUUUGGUGAGCAGGAUGUACAGAAUAAGAUUCUGAGCUUACUGCAGGCAGGGUCAUCACAUAUAAAAAACUGAUGAUGUUGCAUUCAUUUUUAGCAACCUGGGAAUGUACAUAUUAAAGCAGCUAAUUACAAGUAUUCAGUAAAGACAAUUUAAUUUUGUAUUAUGCAUCAACAUGUAUGUGCAACCUUUCCAAAUUUGUGUACAACAUGUUGACUGCACUUCAGGUUGAAGCAACAACAUUUACCAGUUCCUAUGGUCCAGAAGUUAUGAGCAUGCACUACUGCAUAGAGAGUUGUUUCUUUUGCAUGUUUUAAGAAACCUGCCUUGCACCAAGCAGCCACUAGUAAAAGUCGCCAGUGCAUUCUGGAGCAUAGAGCAUGCACAUACUGCUCAAAUACAGUAGGAGUUAUGCAAGCUUUUGUCUGACUGAGGCUUAAUUUUGUUUUUCCAAGGCUUCAGGCUAAACAUUGCACUUAAUUCCUAUCCUUCAUUUGCAAUCACAUGUGCAGGAUAAUGUCAUAAUGUAGCUUUUUAUUUCAUUCGAAUUUUUCUGAGAAUGUUUCAGCAAUCUUUUCACACAAAUGCAUUCUUUGAUGUUUCUCCAGCAUGGCUUGUUUAAAGACAUUGAAAGCAAACAUUAAAGGGACACUAAAGGCAAAUACUAAAUCGACGUGAACUGUUUAAAUACCAUUCCAGAAACAUUGCAAUGCUUGUUUCGUGCCAAGACUUAGUUUACGAGAAACUUGUAUCUGAAGGGUCUGAAAAGCCACCCAAUCGGGGGAGUGGUCACGUUGCAUACGCCAUCACCGCCCUUUGUUGCCGUCGGUGAGUAAAACUGCGCCCGACAGACGGUGGCACCGAGCCAAGACAGAGCGGCGGAUUCACCGCUGCAGCUGCUUUUUGGUAAAUUGGCGUAGACUGUUCGGGUAUCCCGCGACAUCAUGGAAGUUGAAUUCUCUGCUCUUGCAGUUUGUGCGAGUUUCGCAAGCCAGCAAAACCACUGCAGCACUACGUGACCAGGAAAGUAUUGAAAUGUGAAAGCGUGGGCUGCACAGAGUCGAGCAAAAACGAAACCUUUCGACCGCCCGUGUCGUUGGCAAUGGAAAUUUCAAUGAGUUCUUUUUUCUAAACAUGAAAUGGAACUGGACAAGUAACAUUUUAUUUCAUCUUAUUAUACAAUAUGAGGAUGUUUUUUGCAAUGAGUAGUUGAGUACUAGUGACAGAAUUUAACUCAGGAGUGCUUUCGUCAUCGGGCAAGGGCUUGAAUGUCCCUGGGGAGUGUCUAAUCAUGUCCUACAUUUACCUUGAUUUUUUUAUUAUUAAGGCUCUGUUCGUGAUAAUAUUGACACCUUAGAGAUUCUCGAGCACUAAUCUAUCACUUUAGCAUGACUUAGCGUUCGCCUUUAGUGUCCCUUUAACUCAGGUUAGACCGGUUGUUAAUCCUGGAACUCACCCUUUACUUUGCAGUAGUAGCGUAUUUGUGGCAAACAUGAUUUCUUUAGCAUGCAGAUUGAGACAUAAAUGACAUCACUGCCAUGACGCUCCAAAUUUCAAAACUUAAGUUUUACUACAACUGCUACAUUUUGUCAUGGCUGCAUAUCUACAGUGGCCCAGAACAUAACAAAAGCUACUGACUGCAUUGCGUUUUUCUUUUGAUGGUGCUAAUUGUAAUGCAUCUUAUUCCUGUCCCACAAGACAAAAGUUCUUACCACACACACCAAGUUAGGUCAUUUCAACCAUUUAAGGUUAAACCUGGUUGCGAUGUGGUGUUGCGGUGCUUCAGUUGGAAUUAGUGCCAAAUGUGAUAUUUUUGGUUGUUCUGCAGCAGACAACAGUGUGAUCUGCUUGGUAAUUUAAGCCAACAUCUCUCAUUUUCUCAUGCAUCUAAUGUGGUGUGGCCACUUCGACACAACUGUUUCAUGGGGUGCAGUGUUUGGACAUAGAAGUGAACUUAGCUAAAAUAUAUAAACUGGUCUUAUUAUUCACUUGUGCGUCAGGCCAAUGGUGUGGCUCAUGGCUGCGCUAAAAAAGACAACAAAACAAGCGCAAUGAUACUAACAUUCAAGGGUGAAUUUCUACAUAUGGUUUUACACGUGCCUUGGCAGCAGUGAGCCUGCGACACCAAGAAACUUUGUCCCGCGUUUCAUCAGCCUGCUAUGGCACAAAAAAAAAUAUUUUCAAAUUGGCUGUGUACAAGACGCCCCUUUCUAUGUUUUUGAAUACAAUAAAUGCAUAUUAUGCUUUGAGCAUAGUUUUUGAUGUAAUAUAUGGCAGAAUUGAUUUGUAAAUCUGUGAUAAACUGCAGAGGAAGACUUGAAAAUCUGUGGGAUUCUGUUUUGCCACACCACUGUGGUUUGCCAUUGUCUAUCUUGCCCACUCUAUGCGGGGGAAAACUGGAAGCUUGCCAAUGUCUCUGUUUAUAAACAGCAAAAUGGUCAGUAUGUCAUGCCUACAUAGUCAAACAUGUGAACAAGCCUCUUCAAUGCCUGCUGUGCGGGUACAGGUUGCACUGCACAAAACUCCAGGCAUCAGCUACAGCCAUGGCAGCAGAGCCUUCUCAUUAAAUGCCUCACUGGCAUCUGCAGCAGAGGAAGAUAGCAUAUCUGUAUGGCAUUCCACAGGCAUUAUUUUGGGCUAGUAUUAAAGGUUAUCGGCAUGUCAGCGAUUUUGAGAGUGAUUGGGCAAUGCAGAAUGAAAACAGUGACAACCAAGCUAGGUUUUCGUUGAUUGCUAUCCGUUUCUGUAGUGGUUGCCCUGUCAACCGCUCAGUUUCUAGACUGCUAGAAAAAGUCACCAGUGAUAUUGGGUGCUUGUGAAAUCUCCAACUUUUUUCACAUUCUCCUACAAUGAUAUGUUUCUGUCGAAGACAUUUCACUAUCUGUAGCUCAGGAGGCUGCUGGUGAGUUAAGUAGCCUCCUAAAAUUUGUAGCCCUUGAUCUGGGGCCGUAUUUUGUAGCAAUCUUUUCAUUCACCUUUCUUUCAUCAUUCAUCAUGCCAACUUGCCGAUUCUGCCAAUAAACACAGCAUGUUGUCGUCUGAGCCAAGAUGACGGGUUAAAAAAUUAAAUGGAUUCUUAUAAAUUACAGCCUUCUGCUCUCGUCUAUAUGUAUGUCCUCUGUGAAGUAAAUGCACCUGGUCUGCUUUUGGA